AGCAGAAAAAGCUAAAACCGGAAUUCAAACCGAUUCCUUUUUAUUUUAUUCGGAAAAUGAAAACGUCGAAAUCCAAAAGGCGGAUUCAAUUUUCUUGACAACCAAAACACGCAGACCCUUUUAAAUCCUCCGUCUUUGAUUGAUUAAUUACAUUUAUCUCGGUCUUUCUUUCUUUCUUUCUUUUCCUCCGAAAGCUUCUGACGUUUAUGGGAGGCCAAUUUCGCAUUGGCGAACAAGAACCGAGAGAGAUGGAUUUCCAUGCGAUGAAGAGGAAGCAACUUCAAUCACUUUGUAAACAGCACGGGAUUCCUGCAAAUUUGAAGAACACUGAAAUGGCCAGCAGGCUCACUUUGCUUCUCAAGGAAGAUGAAGAAUCCAUUGAGCCAGUCUGUAAAGAUAUAGAAGAAAAUGAAGGGGAAAUUGAUUCUGACCUUCGGGCAAAGAAGGUGAAGACAGUGACCUUCAGUCCAGAAAAUGAAACUUUUUACUUUGUGGGUACGGAUAAAGACUCGGAUUCGGAUUGCAAUUACAAUCCAAAGAAGAAACAGCCGCGAAAGAGGAAGACAAUGACUGUCAAGCAGGUGUCAGAGAAGAAUAAGCAUGUUGAGGUUUUCGAAGAUUCUGAAGGACUUGAAUUAUCGGUUGAUAUAAAUAUUGUUGAAAAACGAGGUAGAGCUACAAGGUCUAGGGUGCAAAAAUCGGUUGAAGGAGGUGCAGAAGCAGUUUUUUCACCUCUUCACAGAAAGAAGAAAACAAAAACUGGGGUGGAGAAGGUUGAUAUUUGUGAUAAACCACCUCUGGAAGUUGAGGUAAAUGAAAGACUUGAUGGUAAUACAGAAAGUGCAAAUUUGAGUCAUGGGUUGAUUCGAAGACAGUUGAGAAGCAGGGUGGUGGUGAGUGAAGAUGGUGGAAAUUUGAAGGCUUUGAGGAAGAGUCUAGCGCCAAAGGGUUUGAAGAAAACCAAGGAAAAUGAAGGCAGUCAUGGGGUUCUUUUACCAAAUGAGACUUCAGAAGACACUGUUCCUGCAAGAAAAGGAAAUGCGACUAAGGUCAAAGUCUCAAGUGUUUUGAAUGAGGAACCAGUAAAAAUUGAUCUUGGUGGUAGGAUCACACGCUCGUGGACUCAGGUGGAAGGGAAGAGUUCAGGAGUUGAAAGUAAAACAGAUAGUCUCAAGGUUCAGGAAGUGGGUCAAGAAGUUCUUCAACUUGAAGAAACCUUUCAGGGCAAAAAUCAGAAGUCACUGAGGCGGAAGUCUGCUGCACUUCUGAAGAAGAGUGUGGACAGUGAUAACAAUGCUGGCGAAUCUAUUGGAUCUUUUCAGAACAUAAGGAGGUCCAAACGGAACUUAGCUAGGGAUGGAGACUCUGUAUGUGGGCAAUUGAUAGAAACUAAAUUUGUUGGUAGGAGAAAGAUGCCUAAAAUGGAGUUUGUGGGAAAAUUGUCAGGCCAAGAAGAAUGCAAAGUGGUUCCUCAACUUGAAGAACCAUCAAAGGGCCCAAGUACAACGUCGAGGCGGAGAUUUUCUGUGGUCCAGAAGGGCAAGGAAUUGGCAAAAGGUGAUACCAGAAAACGGCCAAGGAAUACAGAUUUGGAAAGAGCUUCCAAAGUUGAGCAAAGUGUAGAAACAAUAGAACAAGGUGUUGUUCUCCUACCCAAUGGUCCUUUAAGGAGGUCCAGACGCAAGACUACAUUGUUUCCCUCUACUGAUUCUGAUGAUAUGAAGCUGAGAAAUCAUGAAGCCGUUGGAACAGUGAAGCAAUCAACAGAAUUAGUUGCUGUAAAAUAUUCUAAUGUUACUAAGCCUGUAAGGCGGUCCAGUAGGAAUGGUAGUGAAAAGUUUAUAACAGAAGCCUUUGAUGACAAGGGUGAAAUUUCUGGUGGUGUUAAAAAUGAUGGGUUUGUGAAGAAAAUUCAAGAGCCAACAUUGGAAAACGGAAGUUCAUAUAUUGUAAAUGACCCUUCAAGUAAAGGGCCCCAAAGUCAAUCCUCACGUAAUGCAUCCAAACGUGACUUUGUUGCAGUUACAGAAGUCAUUGGUAUAGCUGCUGGAAAUAAUACAAAAACUGAAUCUAGGGUUCCAAUUAUAGCGGAGGAGGUUUUGUCUACUAAUCUCAAUUCACCCCUUGAAGAAAAAGUUGAAAAAGAUAUAGAUGCUGGGUUGUAUAUUCCGGAAUCUGCAGGAUUUGAGAAUGAUGUUGGUUCUUCUAGCUCCAGCAAAGAAAUUGUACAAAAUUCAAGCAAGAAGAGGAAUGAUCAACCAAGAGGAGGGAAUCGUUUGCAAAGGGGCAGCCUUCCUGUUUUGAAGUGUCUUCUCUAUAUCCUGACAAGGAUAAAGCACUGGAAAUCUUAGCGCAUAUGAAGGAAAAUCAUCC